AUGAACGUUGAAUAUGACCAAUUCCAUCCUGCCUAUCCUGAUCCCACCAACGCAGACUGUUAUAUCCCACUUACUUCUGACAACAUCAACAUCUGGGCCAAAGCAAUGUGUUCUUGCGUUGAUGGAGUCAGUCUGACUCCACCCCCAAGCUUGCUCAAGUACGAGACCCGCAAGGGCAAAGCCAAGUCAAAGUUAUCCAAAGACACCUCUGCCGGUGCCAGAAACAACUACUUUGUUGAAUUUGCAAACUGGAUCGCCAACCAUCAAGCCCGCAAUGUCCACGCCUCUCCUCCUUCCUCAGUCCAUGGUGCUACUCCCAAUCAACUUGUUGAUUAUUUGGUCUUUCUAAUUGCUGGAAUCAAGCUGUAG